CUCUUAAGCAUGUGAGAGCUGAUGGGAACACUGUGCUGGCAGGGACAGGCUUCUGAGUUCAGGGUUCAGCCUCUGAAGAGUAUAUACACUCUGCUGGUGGCAUCUUCCUCCACUUGCUCAGGCUUUCCCUAUUGCUCAGGCCUUCCCUAGACCAGCCAAGUAUGGAGGCUGACAGAGAGACCCCAGUGGGGAAAACCCCUGGGAAAGACAACAAAAAAAUGGACCUGUCCCAUAAAUUCUCUAAGAGAGAGCGCACCCUGCUAUAUGAAGAGGUCCUCUACACCAUUCUCCAUCGCUUGGGCAAACCAGAACUUACCCAUGUUGCUGAUCCAGAUGAGCUGUACGCAUAUGUGCAGAAGGCCUUCAGUAUGGAUCCAGAAGAGCAUGAUAUUCUACUACAGAGGGUCAAAGAGCUAGAGAAACCAAUUUUUUGUCUUAAAGCAACUGUGAAGCAAGCCAGGGGCAUUCUGGGUAAAGAUGUCAGUGGAUUCAGCGACCCAUACUGCCUCCUAGGGAUAGAAGAGAAAACUCGGGACUCUUCCAUCAGUGGUGGCUCCCGCCAAGAGAACAAAAAGCGAUCAAAGGCUGUGGUGAAGAAUCUGCUCCCUGAAGACCAGACUCACCGCACCCAAAUCAUCAGUCAGACUCUAAAUCCUGUGUGGAAUGAAACCUUCAUCCUGGAGUUUAAAGAUAUAGAGAACGCCUGGUUACAUCUAGACAUGUGGGACUCGGAUGAUGAUGUCGAAACUGUGCGCCAAAAACUGGGAGAGUUAACAGACCUCCAUGGCCUGAAGAGGAUUUUUAAGGAAGCUCGCAAGGACAAAGGGCAGGAUGACUUUUUGGGGAAUGUGGUACUUCGGCUGCAGGACCUGCAUGGCAGAGAUGACCGCUGGUGCAGGCUGGAACCUCGCACAGAAACCUACCCCAACCGAGGACAUUGCCACCUGCAGUUCCUUUUUAUGCAUAAGAGGAGAGCCACCUCAGCCAGCAAGACACAACAGAGCUACACAGUCCACCGGCACCUCUUUCAGCAGAUGGUUUCUUACGAGCUUCUUCAGCAUCAGGCGGGCAGCACUUCCUGGAAUGGAGAGUUGAGCAAACAUGCCAGUACAAUCUUGUAUCUGCAUGCUACACAAAAAGAUAUUUCAGACUUCCACCAGGUUAUGGCGCACUGGCUUGCUUACAGCAAGCUCUACCAGAACUUGGAGUUUGACAGUAGCUGCCUGCUCCACCAGAUCACCAGCAUAGAGUACCAGUGGGUGGAAGGUCGAUUAAGAGAGGAGCAGAAUGUAGAACUGGCCGACUCUUUUCAGUCCUUGCUGGCUUAUGGGAUUUCUCUCAUCCGGAAGUACCAGAUUGUCUUUCCGCUUUCUGCUCCUAAUUCUACAAAGAAGCUACAAUCACUGCUCAGACUCUUGGUGCAGAUGUGUAAAAUGAAAGCCUUCAGAGAACUUUGUACAGAGACCCCCGACCUUCAGGAAAUGGUGACAGAGGCACUCAAGACUGGAACAGCAGAGUGGUUUCAGAUGAAGAAGCAACACCUGAAGCCGAUGGUAAAGACUAUGGAGGAGUGUGGGAAGGCCCUGGUCACUCUUCUUCUGGAGGUGAAUGCAGAUCUCCAGCGGAGCCACAAAACCUAUAACAAAUAUUUCACCAACACUGUCAGAGUGGACCUCUUCUCAGUUGCAUAUCUUGAAAUGCAGGAGCAGGUUUCCCAUUAUGUCAAGGAGCAGCUGAGAAAGAUUGACAGUGGCAUGUCCCAGCUCACAGCGGAGAGUCUUUUUCAGCUCUAUCUCAGCCUGCAGGAGCUAUAUCACAUGAAGGACCUUUUGUGCAACAGGGAAGGUCCUCUUGAACUGACAAACUACCACCAGUGGUUCAAGGAAGCCAUCCCCAAGUGGCUCCAGAAGGCAUACACCAUAGCCUUAGAAAGGACUCAGAGAGCUGUCCAGGUAGACCAGCUGACGCCGCUAGGAGAGCUGAACAAGCACAGCACAUCCACGGUGGACUUAUCGACUUGCUAUGCUCAGAUGGUGAAGACCUGGCAGCAACUGGACUGGCCGGAUCCUGAAGAGGCCUUCAUGAUCAUGGUGAAAUUUGUUGAGGACAUAUGUAAAAUUGCUCUGAUGUACUGCCGGCUGAUCAAGACAAGGGCAGAGGAAUUGUCAUCAAAUAAACACAAAGAGGGAGAAGCAGCAAACAGGCUCUGCGUUGUGGUGAACAACAUCGAGCAGCUCCGCAUGAUGAUCCUGAAGCUGCCGUCCCAGCUGGACUGGGAGUGCCUGGAGCAGAAGACGGGAGCGGUCAUUGCGCCAGAGCAGAUCCAGCACACCUUGCACCACCAGCUACAGGCUACCGUCACCUGCCUCAACAACGAGAUCCGUGGCGUGGUGCAGACCCUGGCAAGCAAACUGCAGGCUGGAAUUGCCAGACACAUCCAAGAGCUGUACACCUGCAGUGCUUCCAGGGACCCAGAAGAUUGCAUCACCCCUUUAAUGAUAUUUUUGGAAUGUGAGCUCCAGUAUCUAAGUGGGAACCUGGUCCAAGAGAACUUCAACAGCCUCUUGGAGCUGCUGUGGAAUCACACUCUGGACAUGCUGAAAGGGGCUGCAAAACAGCAACUUGGCAACUUGGCGUACUUCAAGAAAUUGCAGUUUGCCCUCAAGAACUUGGAGCGGUGUUUUCAUGGAGAUGGCUGUGGUCUGCCAGAGGACACCCUCCACAAUGCGACAUUUACAGCUCUGGAAGAACAACUGGACCUCUGCUCUUCCACCAGCAGAAAACUUAUCCAGAAGUACUUCAGCGCCCGAAUCCAGCAGCAGACAGAGGCUAGCCCUGAAAAAUACGGGGCUGUGACCAUCAAGGCCCUUUACCGCCACUCGGAACAAAAGCUGCGUGUCGAGGUGCUCAACGCUGUCAACCUCCUUCCCCUGGACUCCAAUGGCUUAAGCGACCCCUUCAUCCAACUGACCCUGGAGCCACGGCACGAGUUCCCCGAGGUUAUGACACGGACAACCCAGUGCAUAAAGAACAAUCUCCACCCUCUCUUUGAUGAAGUAUUUGAAUUUUUGGUCCCUCCAGAAAAAUGCCAACAGGAUGGGACAUGCCUGUUGCUCACCGUGUUUGACUACGACACCUUAGGAGCCAAUGAUCUGGAGGGAGAAGCCUUCUUCCCCCUCUGCAAGGUGUUGGGGCUGAGUGAGGACGAGGAAGCCAUCAACCCUUCCAGAGUGCCGCAGACUCGAUUGUCCUUGACUCAUCCUGGAACUGCUGGCGCUGAAAUCUUGAAGCUGCUGGAGACCCGCAAAGGAGACAAGGAAGCCCAGGCAUUUGUGAAGCUCCGCAGACAACGAGCAAAGCAAUCCAAGGAGUCUGAGCGACAGCAUGAGCAGCAAUAGAGGCUGUAACAGAAGGGACUGAGCUGAAAAGGUGCAGCAGGCAGGGCCUGUGC